AUUUUUAAAUGCCGAGCCAAACCGCCAUCGCAUACAUGGGUAAACGGUCGCCAUAGGACUCUCGAUCCUGUUUCCCUUGUCGUAUUGUUGUCCACUGUUUGUAAAAUCAGCGUAAUUACAGACUGAGCGUAUAAAGUGUAGGUGUAGUGUACGAGUUAUCCAUUGUUUGUUUAUAUCAUUGUUUGAAAUAUAUCACAUCACAACAAUGGACGCCAGUAAUGGGCAAAGUGAGCGCAACCAAUCCAACAACAAGCCUACAAAAUCGAACCAAAAUGUGCAGGUUUACGUCCGUGUGCGACCGACCAACACACGAGAAAAGCUGAUACGUUCGCAGGAGGUUGUGGACGUCGUAUCGAACCGAGAGCUUCAGUUAAAGUCGAAAAAGUUUACCUUCGAUCGAACCUUUGCUCCAAACUGUAAACAACAUGAGGUGUAUCAGGCAGUGGUGGCACCAUACAUCGAGGAGGUUUUGUCCGGAUUUAAUUGUACAGUUUUUGCCUACGGCCAGACAGGUACAGGUAAAACAUUCACAAUGGUUGGGGAGGAGGAGCCGGAACUGAGUGCGGCCUGGGAAGACGACACGCAGACCGGUAUCAUCCCCCGCGCGGUGAACCAUCUGUUCGAUGAGUUACGCAUGACGGAGUUGGAGUUUUCUAUGCGUAUCUCCUACCUUGAGCUGUACAACGAGGAACUUUGCGACCUUCUCUCGACGGACGAUACGGUGAAGAUUCGGAUCUUUGACGAUGUGCAAAAGAAAGGAUCAGUGAUCGUGCAGGGACUGGAAGAGAUACCGGUACACAGCAAGGAUGACGUCUAUAAGCUGCUGGCGAAGGGUCAGGAACGUCGUAAAACAGCCUCAACACUGAUGAACGCACAGUCGUCGCGAUCGCACACAAUCUUUUCGAUCAUCGUCCACAUCAAGGAGAAUGGCAACGAUGGUGAGGAAAUGUUAAAAAUUGGCAAGCUGAACCUCGUCGAUCUGGCUGGAAGUGAAAACAUUUCGAAGGCAGGCAAUGAGAAAGGCAUACGGACCCGUGAAGCGGUAAACAUUAACCAGUCGUUGCUGACGCUCGGUCGUGUAAUUACGGCACUGGUGGAGAAAACGCCACACAUUCCGUACCGCGAAUCGAAGCUAACGCGCCUACUCCAGGAAUCGCUCGGAGGUCGUACGAAAACAUCGAUCAUUGCGACCGUAUCGCCCGGUAGCAAAGACUUCGAGGAGACGCUCAGCACGCUAGAGUACGCACACCGUGCGAAAAACAUUCAAAACCGGCCGGAAGCGAACCAGAAGCUGUCGAAGAAAACGGUCAUCAAGGAGUACACGGAAGAAAUCGAUCGGUUGAAGCGCGAUUUAAUGGCGGCUCGCGACAAGAAUGGUAUCUACCUGGCGGAAGAAACAUAUAACGAAAUGGUCUACAAAUCGGAAGCGGCCACAAAGGAGCUAAACGAUAAAUCGGCCCUUAUCAAAGCGCUAAAGGAAGAUCUAGCGAAGAAGGAGUCGAUCUUCAACGAGGUGGCUUGUAGCUUAGCCGAACGGGAAGAGGAACUGCGGCGUACGGCGGAUGAUUUGGGCCAAACGCGUGUAGAGCUUUCGAACACAAAGCGCAACCUUUCGCAAACCAAGCGAAGAUACGUGGAGAAGAAGGUGAUACUGAAGCAUCAUUUGCAAACGGAACAAAUGCUAAUGGGGCAGGCGAACGAGUUGAUCAACGUCGUGGAAACUGUGACGGAAGAUGCGAAUGGUUUGCAUGAUACGGUUGAUCGUCGCAGGGAACUCGAUAACAGAAACAAGACUGCUUCGGAACAGUUUGUCGAUCGUGUGCGCCACCGUAUACGAUCGAUUCAGGAUGAUGUGGGCAAAAUGGCGGAAGAGUGUAAUCGACUAACUGUGGACAUGAACGUGGGAUGGGAGAGUUAUAAUCAUCAACAAGAGCAAGUGCAAAAUGAAACCAAGGCACAUCUUUCGACUCUAGAAACCGCGACCCAUAGCAUACUGCAACAGAAUGCGACACUCGUUAAAGCCUUUAAAGAGAUGAUGGAGGGAAGGAUCGAUGAACGGCGGGAUGAAAUGAUCCGCUUUUUGGACCAAGUGGAACAAUCCCGGGAAGCAUUGAUGCAAUCGAUUACCGGAACGAUGGAAAAACUAAAGAUCGGUAUCCAAAGCACGAUGGACACCCAGUUCGAACAGACGCAAAAACAAUACGAUCGCUUGAUAGAGCAUGGCCGAGUUCAUGAUACAAAAUGUGAAGAGUUUUGUCAAACGUUCACGGUACAGCUGGGCGAACUGGACGCUAUUACAUCGUCCUUCGAACAACAUCACAGGCAGCUGCAACACUACGUUCAUCAAUCCAAUCACGAACAGCAAAAAGAACUGGAAGCAGCAAAGGAAUUCGAACAAAGCUUAAAGUCGUUACUGGAGCAGCAAGUAAACAGCUUCAUGCAACGGAUGAAAACGUCAAAGCAGCAGCAAUUACAGCUUUCGCAGAUCGUUACAGGAGUGUCCGAUAAGAUUGCCAUUCAGGGUAAGAUGGCCACCGAUCAGCUGCACGCUAUUCGUCAAUCGAUCGUAGACAAAACGAAAACGGUACAAGAAAGUUCCACGGAAAGGAAUCGCCAUGUAGAGGAGUGUGGUGCGCUGGUGCAGCAACAUCAAUCUGAAGUGAAAGUGGAGCUGGCAGGUGUAGAUCUGUCGGUCGUCGGGACACUCAGUCAAGAGAUGGGACACACUAUCGAGCAACAGCGUGUACGAUUAUCCACCACGCAGGAACAAACUCGUGCACAGCUGUUAGAUUUCACGCACAGCUUCGAAGCACAGAAUGGACACUUUGGAAAGGCGCAUGUAGAAAGUAUUGGGCGCGCGGUUGGUAGCUUGCAAGUACAACAGAACGCCAGACAACAGUUUGGCAGUGCGCACUGUGGCCAUACGCAGCGUAUCGGCCAAACGAUCGGAUCGUACGAGCGCAAAGCGAAGGAUGAGCAGCUGCUCCAGCUGCAAAGCGAGUUCGAACGGUUCCACGAAAAGGAUCUAACCUUCUACCAGUCGACCGGUAAAACGCCGAUCCGUAAGAAGGUUCAGUAUCCGCGGGAUAUUGCACAGACUUCGCCAGAUGAUCGUAUAAUCAGGCGUUUUUGGCGCGAUCGUGGUAUGGCCGAGGUGGAUCUGUCUGCAACUAUUUGUGAAGACAUGGAAGAGUCACACAAUCCUAUAUCUGUACCUGAAAUACGGAACUCGACACCUUUAAUGCAACGAUCCAGUAUGAUGAACCUCGACGAAGAACGGCAACACUUCAAAGAGCUACAAAUUUCCAACAUUGGUUCAAAGAUCAAUUCGGUGCAAAUGCUCGAAGAAAGUGUGGAAGAAAACAAAGAAAAUAUCUAACCCUUAAAUGUAAGUGAAACAAACAACAAACUCAAACACUAAAUGAUAAUGGAACAUUUGAAGAACGGAAUAGCAUUAUCCUUACGAAAGUAGUCCUUCUUGUCUGCAAAUGUCUUGACGAUCGCGAGGUACUGCAUUCGAUCUAUUCAGAGCCAUAACAAGAGCAGUUAAGAAACGUUAACAUCUAGAUCGUAAUAUAUAAAAACAGAAGCCAGUAAUAACAAAAAUAGAAUUGAUUUUAUCUGACGAUAGCUUUGCGAACAGUUUUACACAGGUUUAUGCUGCAAAUUUUAAACAUUUAUAUGCAAACAAAGGGUUUUAUGCUAGGCAUAUAAAUAUGUAUAACAGAUAAGUUUUUCAAAAGCCCCUCUAGGAACUGGCUGUUCCCUACACACACCGCGGGGCGUAUUUAACUGUUACUAAAAGUUUAAAUAAAAUUAUAAAUUGAAA